AUGGUGUGCAAGGAAGAGCAGCAAGAUUGUGGGCCAGUCUGGGGCUUCCGAGCCCGAGCCGGCGAGACGGAGCGGCACCAUGAGGCACCUGGAGAAUAUGGAAAUUCCAAGCGGUGGAUUCGGGGGUCCGUGAGUGGGGCGGUAAGUUGGGUCGGUCGGGAGGAUGGAAUAGAGGAGGAGGAUGAAGAAGAUAAGGAUGAUGCCGGGUUGUAUGUAAAAGACCCGAAAUCAGACCUGAUAGAAAAAUACCAGCACAAGAUUUGUUUCGCGGAGAAAGUCGGAACAGAAAGACCACGGCGGCCGGCGAGCCAAUCACGGGAUCAGAUGGGCGGAACGGUGCCGUUGGGCCGAGACCCAGUGGCACGGACUGUGACUUUUUUUCGUUUCCGCAGUUUGUUUGUUGAUGCUGGCAUGGUUCUAGAAGAGCGAGAAAAAGAGAUGCGAAAAAGGGAAAUGAGCUGUUCGACUUGUUUCGCGGUGCUACAGGAUGACGGUGUUUGUCCUCAGACGCUCGGGUAUCUGGUGCCGAAUGUCUCGAGCAGUGCAACUGAGACACUCAAGGACAGCAAAAACAGGUCGAUGCCGGGCCUGCUGCCGAGAGGAGCCGCAGCAGCGGGUAUUCCAGCCGGCACCUCCAUAUUUUCUGCCGUUUCUUACUUGUAG